AUGACGAAUGCGACUGUUGUUACAAGCAAGCCUAUUGUACCAAGUUUUGUUGUACAAGAAGAUGGUGCGCGUAAAGUAAUGGUCUAUCUUAAUAUCCCGGAAUUAAAAGUAAAAAGAUCUUUUCCUAAUUUUUUUAAAUUUAUUCCAUCAAAUGGACAUGAAAAAGUACUCGAUUUUCAAGAUCAAUCAUUUACAUUUACAAUGAAUAUUCAAACAAAAUUAUAUUCAUUAUCAAUUGCACGAUUACCAGGAGAAAUUCAACCUGAAAAAUGCUCAAUUAAGUAUCAACGUGGUGGUUGUUGGAUAACCUUAGUUAAAUUAGAACCAAUGUCUUGGAUGAAUAGAAUUUGUGAUGAUCUAACUCCAGGAUUAGAUAUACAAGAAGAUGAAGAUAAAAGUCCAUCGCCAACAGCUCCUGUUGAAGAAAUACAAUUGAAGGAUACUAAUAUGCCACCACCAUUUAAUCUAGUUCCUCUAGCUCCAUCAAUAUCAUCUAAACCAGCAAUGAGAAAAGCGCCUGCACCACCACCACCUUCAACUAGUUAA